AUGGGUCUUCUCGACAUCGUCCAGCCUGGUGUCCUCAAUGGUGAGGACAUUAUGAAGGUAUACAAGUACGCUCAGGAGCACAAGUUUGCCAUUCCAGCCGUAAAUGUGACGUCAUCAUCGACGGCAAAUGCCGCUUUGCAAGCCGCUCGUGACAUCAAGUCGCCCAUUAUCAUUCAGACAUCGAAUGGUGGUGCCGCUUUUUACGCUGGCAAGGGGAUUGACAACAAGAAUCAGAAAGCUUCGGUGUUGGGUGCCAUUGCUGCUGCGUAUCACGUGCGUGCCAUGGCCGAACAUUACGGAAUCCCAGUGAUUCUUCACUCGGAUCAUUGUGCCAAGAAGCUGCUGCCGUGGUUUGACGGUAUGCUGGAGGCUGAUGAAAAGUAUUUUGCAGAACAUGGCGUUCCUUUAUGGAGCUCACACAUGCUCGACCUGUCAGAAGAGCCAAUGGAGGAGAAUGUCGCUCUCAGUAAGAAGUACUUUGAACGCAUGACCAAGAUGGGUUUGAUCCUUGAAAUUGAGUUGGGGUUGACUGGCGGUGAGGAGGACGGCGUGGACAAUAGUGAAGUGGACAAUGCGUCGCUGUAUUCACAGCCAGAGGACAUUCUGCUGGCGUACAACGAGCUGAGCGCCGUGUCACCGAACUUUACGAUUGCUGCUGCGUUUGGCAACGUGCACGGCGUGUACAAGCCGGGUAAUGUGAAGCUUCACCCCGAGAUCCUGGGUGACUUUCAGAAGUUUGUCACUAAGGAAAAGUCGCUCGAGGACGACAAGCCCGUGUUCUUUGUAUUUCACGGUGGCUCUGGCUCAUCGGCUCAAGAGAUUGAGACGGCUGUGGGCAACGGUGUGGUCAAGAUGAACAUUGACACGGACACGCAGUGGGCGUACUGGGACGGUCUGCGCAAGUUUUACGAGGACAAGAAGGACUAUUUGCAGGGCCAGAUCGGUAACCCCGAUGGUGCAGACGUCCCGAACAAGAAGUACUACGAUCCUCGUGUGUGGGUCCGCAAGUCGGAGGAGUCGAUGAUCAGUCGUUUGCAACAGGCGUUCCGUGAUCUGAACUGCGUGGACGUGCUGUAA